CCUUGCCCCCAGGCUGGCCUUCAAAGAGCCCUUGCUAGAGAGAGCACUGUUGGUUUGCAACCAUGCGGGGUCGCUCCAGGAAUUGGCCAGCAGAGACAGGGGUCGGAGUGACAGGACCUAGGCUCGCUGCAGCAAGGGGAUCUGGGAUUGGACCAACAACAGGAAGUGUUGUGGGUAGAUACAUUUAAGAUGACUUGUGUCCAGGUCUCUCUUGAGCCUUGUGUCCAGAUCUCUCUUGAGCCUUGUGUCCAGAUCUCUCUUGAGCCUUGUGUUCAGAUCUCUCUUGAGCCUUGUGUCCAGGUCUCUCUUGGGCCUUGUGUUCAGAUCUCUCUUGGGCCUUGUGUCCUGGUCUCUCUUGGGCCUUGUGUUCAGAUCUCUCUUGAGCCUUGUGUCCUGGUCUCUCUUGAGCCUUGUGUCCAGGUCUCUCUUGAGCCUUGUGUCCAGGUCUCUCUUGAGCCUUGUGUCCAGAUCUCUCUUGAGCCUUGUGUCCAGGUCUCUCUUGAGCCUUGUGUUCAGAUCUCUCUUGGGCCUUGCGUCCUGGUCUCUCUUGAGCCUUGUGUCCUGGUCUCUCUUGAGCCUUGUGUCCUGGUCUCUCUUGAGCCUUGUGUCCUGGUCUCUCUUGAGCCUUGUGUCCUGGUCUCUCUUGAGACUUGUGUCCAGGUCUCUCUUGAGCCUUGUGUCCAGGUCUCUCUUGAGCCUUGUGUCCAGGUCUCUCUUGAGCCUUGUGUCCAGGUCUCUCUUGAGCCUUGUGUCCAGGUCUCUCUUGAGCCUUGUGUUCAGAUCUCUCUUGGGCCUUGUGUCCUGGUCUCUCUUGAGCCUUGUGUCCAGGUCACGCUUGAGCCUUGUGUCCAGGUCACGCUUGAGCCUUGUGUCCAGGUCUCUCUUGAGCCUUGUGUCCUGGUCUCUCUUGAGCCUUGUAUCGAGGUCUCUCUUGAGCCUUGUGUCCAGGUCUCUCUUGAGCCUUGUGUCCAGGUCUCUCAUGAGCCUUGUGUCCUGGUCUCUCUUGAGCCUUGUAUCGAGGUCUCUCUUGAGCCUUGUGUCCAGGUCUCUCUUGAGCCUUGUGUCCAGGUCUCCUUGAGUCCAUGUCUCUUGUGAUAGAAAAAGUACAUAUUUACCUGAUUUGUUUGAUAUUAAUAGUUAACGGUUAUGUACUUAACAAAAAGUAGGACAUUUAUGUUCUGUUUAAUUAUGUUUCUGUUAAGAGAUGGUUUCCACUCUAGCUUCCUGCAGUUUGUCUGGGCAUAUGUUCAAGGAAAUUAGAUUUUGCUAGAGAUAGAUUGAGCUGACAAUGACUUGGUGAUUUAAAACCUAAAGCUGGCAUUCCAUAGACAAUAUGUGGUAUGUGUGACUCGAGAUAGCCUGGAAGAGUUUAGAACAAUGCCUCAUUGUCUCAUCGUCCUGGCAUCUGGGUGACAAAGCCGGGUUGGGGUAAAACAACACCCCAUGCAGACAACCAGGAGACUGAGCAGCCAGACCAGUCAGUAAGACGGACCAGCCAGACCAGUCAGUAAGACGGACCAGCCUGACCAGUCAGUAAGACGGACCAGCCUGACCAGUCAGUAAGACGGACCAGCCUGACCAGUCAGUAAGACGGACCAGCCAGACCAGUCAGUAAGACGGACCAGCCAGACCAGUCAGUAAGACGGACCAGCCUGACCAGUCAGUAAAACGGACCAGCCUGACCAGUCAGUAAGACGGACCAGCCAGACCAGUCAGUAAGACGGACCAGCCAGACCAGUCAGUAAGACGGACCAGCCAGAAAGACGGACCAGCCUGACCAGUCAGUAAAACGGACCAGCCUGACCAGUCAGUAAGACGGACCAGCCAGACCAGUCAGUAAGACGGACCAGCCAGACCAGUCAGUAAGACGGACCAGCCAGACCAGUCAGGAAGACGGACCAGCCUGACUAAGCAUUUUGAUGUCCUAUAUAAUCUGUUUGAUCAUUUUCAGUUUGGCUGUUGGGUUG